AUGAAAUCGUGGCUGAUAAAACAUUCAAAAGUCUUUGGACGAAUAAUAUUAGAAACUGACGCUCCUCAUCUUCGUCCAAUGCUGUAUCAUUCUUCUUUGCGGGAUGAUUUAGCUGCAGUACUUGCCGUUCCCUUGCAUUUAGCUGGAAGUAUGGCAGAUGGACAAUAUGAAGCGAAAUAUGUUGCCGAUGAUAUUCUCACCGAGUAUGAUUUGAUGCUUAUAUUAAAAGCUCAAAUCGAUAAUGAGAAUGAAAUAGAAUACAUAGCUGAAGCACCGGGUUACAUCAGAAUUUAUGGUGCUAGAAUCAAGAAAUUUUCCUGCGGUUCCAUUAAUGAUCAGAUAUAUAUUAAUGGUAAUAAAUUAAAAACAGAUAUUUAUUCAAAAAUAAAUGAACAAAAUACGCGCACAACCAAAUCAUCAUCGACAUCAGUCGAUAAAGCAAGUUUAUACUUUCAAUUUUCUGAUGGUUUGCCACCAGUUGAUCCCGAUGCUCUUCAAAAAGUACUAGCAUUCCGUAACAAUUUAACUGAAGAACAAAAACAGAUUGGUCAACAAAAUAUUAAGCAAUUUUGUUUAUUUCUAUCGGAUCUAUUUAAUCGUAAAGCAAAAGAAUUUCUAUGUAAUUUUUCUAAAGACUUAUUUCAUAUUGAAUUACCGGAUUCUUAUACUGAAAAGUUACGUAAACGAAUAGAAACAAUUGUUAAUCUUUAUAAAACACUUUAUUCAUCCUUAGUUGGUAUACCAAUACCAUCAAAUUUCGUUCGUAAAAUUCAGUUUCUAUUGGAAUUUUAUAAAAAAUAUCCCGAAGAUUGUGAUAUUGUUAUCGCAUUAAAACUUAAUUUUUGGCCAAAAAUAACACAUACAAGACUGAAUUAUUUAAGAUGUCAUAAACAUGAUCUGUAUAACAAAAUAAAAUGUUUACCGGUAUAUGCCAUACCAAAAUGGUCGAAGUUAACACAAGACAACGCAGCAUCCUAUGAAUUUCGUUUAUCAUUUUCAGCUGUUGAAACGGUUUUAGCAAAAUCUCGUUCAAAUACUGAAAAAUUAUUAAAUAAAAUAGCACGCGGUAUCUAUUAUAAAUAUCUAAAACAUUUUACUAUACAAUCAUUCUUUAUCAAAACAUGUGUUUUAUGGAUGUGCGAACAAUUUGAUCUUGAUAAAGAUUAUAAAAACAGACAAGAACAUUUAACUAUGUUCUGUGUUAAUUACAUUCGUCAGAAGCUAAACGAAGGCGUAUGUCUACAUUAUUUUAUUGAACAAUUGAACAUAUUAGCUGCUUAUGAUCUACAGAUACUUAAACAAGCUUAUGUUGCUUUAGAAAAUGUGAAAAUAGCUCCACAACAACAAGCGAAUAAACAAAUCACACUAACAUCGAAUGUUAUAACAUUUUAUACUGAAAUGGUUGAAGAAUUUCAUGAAUUACAAUUAAAAAACUUUGACGAACAGUGUCCUAUUUACUUACCGGGAAAAUAUGAUUUAUGGAUAGAAAAGAUGUAUGAAUAUCUACUAAUAAUUGAACAAAAUAAUAAGAGUUGGUGGGAUGAUUGGAAUCAUAUUAUUUCAUAUGCAGGAAAUGAUGAAAAUGAGAUCGAUCUUAGUGGUAUGAGUGCUUUAGACGUUGUCAGUAUUUUCUUUCAUUUUAUAUUCGAUCUUCAACGACGAUGGCCAGUUAUUAAACAGAUGAUAUUUGAACAUGAUACAAUGACCCAACUAUUAAUUAAUAAACAUCAUACACUUGUUUCCUAUGCUAUACAUCUAUGUGAAAAUUGGAUUUAUGAUAGAAUAUUGAAUUAUUUAAAGCAAGAUCGUUUGGUCGAAAGUGUACAACAUGAUGCUUCCUAUACAGACGCUCGAUAUAAAAAACCUUUAGGAUUUUCUGUAUCAGUAAUUAACAACGAAGAACCAAUAAAACUUCCACUGGACAUUCUGUUAGAUCAAUUCUGGAAAAAGAGCUUAACAGAUAUAAUAGAAGACAUUUUCACACUAUCAGGAGCUGGUUAUUUAAUAGUAAAACUUGUAUUUGCUGUAGAUGAACGAAAUCGACACUCAAAUCUACUAAGAUUUACAACAUUUGUAAGACUACUUUUAAGAAGGCUAUUUAGAGUGAGACAUGGCAAUUAUUGA